AUGAUGACUGCAAGAUAGGCAAUAGGAGUUUGGAUGACAAGCGACAACAAAAUAUACGUAGUUUCGACAGAGAGUAAUAGAAUUAAAGUAUCAGGAAUAAUUUUAAACAAUGAUCUAACACUCAAUUCUUUGAUUUAUUAUAAAUCUUAUGGGGCAGUAGUGCUACCUCUAUUUGGAUCCUCAGCCGCGAAGCUUAUUACUGAUGAUUACGCUUAUUUUGCAGGAAACUAUAACGGUAAUCUAGGAUUUACAAAGUACAGCCUCAUAAAUGGAAGCCCAAAUUAUUCAUAUUUAAUUUAAAAUAGUAAUGGGCAUUAAAGUUAAAAAAUAAGUUAAUUGGCAAAAUAUGUGAGCACAAUUCUGAAUAGCAUAACAAUAUUUGGUUGUGCUGAUUAUCUAGGAGUUGAUGGAUUCGAUAUAGGAUUCCUCUAAAUAUUAGAAACUUCUGUAACAACAAAUCUUAUUAAAUCAUGGCUCCUUGAUAUGGAUGUACAGAGUAAAUGCUUAGAUGUUGAAAUUGAUUCUCAAUAUUCGUAUAUCUUACUUUACAAAGAAAAUUCAGUUGUUUUACAAGGAAAAAUUACCUUACUUGAUAGUAUUACAGUAAUAAAUUUUAAUGAGAUUAGACUUUCAACAACUUUAACUUAGUCAUUGUACCCAAAGAUAGGAUAUAUAAGCGGAUCACUUUAUUUCUUUGGAGGACAAAUAAGCUAGAUAAAUAGUAAUAACUAUUCAAAAAAGCAGAGUUUUAUUCAUAGAUAUCCGACAGAUCAAGAUUGUAUAGAUCAGGAUGUAAUUAAUACCUCUGUUAAUGUUGAUUUGUAAACUUCUUUUACAUUUCAGGCUGGUAUUGGAGUACCUAAAAUAUACAAUCCCACCAUUCAAACUAUUUCUCCAUCUGAUGACUCAGUAAUCUACUAAGAACUAAUUGGACUAAUUUCACAGGAUUUAAAAAGUAUUAAUCUUUAACAAUUGCCACAAAGCUGUCUAUAAUUAGAGCCAUUUGGAGCAAUAUCAACACCUACUGUUUUCACAGGAAAUUUAUCAGAUCAAAAUUACACUGCUAAUUCUACCAAUAGUUAAGCAAAUAACCAAACAAACGUCACUAAUCAGACAUCAACCAAUAAUUAAACUUAAUAAAAUAAUACUUAAAAUUAGGGCUAAAACAGCACCAGUAAUUAAACAGGGUUAGAGAAUACUAAUUAAAAUUAAACAAACUAGACUACUACAAAUAAUACCAGCUCUGGAGCCAAUUUAACAAAUACAACCGAAGCAUUAAAUAAUAAUUAAACAUCAGACUCAUUUAUUGGAAUUCCAUUACUAUUCUUUGAAACUCCACUACAAGACAACUUUUCAAUUUCAGUUGGAAGCAACUUAACUUAUCAAUUCCCAAAAAUAAACAAUAUACUAAAUUUAAUUCAUUCUUUCUCAGUUUCUGAGCUAUUCCUAAAUGAAACUCUUGAGAUGGUAUCAUUUAAUGAAACUCAUAUCCAAAUAAAUCCUUAAUUAACAGAUUAAGGUUUGUAUUAUUUGAUAAUCAAAAUCUAGUACUUGGAUAAUUCAAACAUUUCUUAAUCAGAGUAAUACAUGAUUAACCUAAAAAUUUCUAAGAAACCAAAUAUAAGAGGUAUUGAACCACAAAUAAUUUUAAUUAAAAAUAAUUCCACUAAUGGCAAUUAAACUGAUCUUGAUUUGAGCAUUAAAAUUCAAUCAAUAUCAAUUCACUAGGAGCUAUCUCUUUAAUUUUCUAAGAGUAUUAUAGUUAGUGAUCAAUUGAUAAAGCAAAUCUACGAUAAUUAUUGGAAGUUUAUUAGUGGGUGCUCUUACAGGCAGCAGUUUAUAGUUCUUAUGGAGCUUGAUAAAUACCUUAUAGCUGAUCACUCAUACUCCUCUUUUUACAAUCUAGUAUACGAUCAAUAUUUGGAUUUUUCUUUAAGCACUCUUUGA